UUCAGCCAAAGCAGGAAGGACAACGGCCAAAACGCAGACGGUGCAGAAACGCUAAGCAAAUACUGUUGUGAUAAUCUUCAAUUUGGUAUGCUGGGAAAUUCCAGCGAGCAGUUGGCAGUUGUGACUUUCGCGUUGCUGGCCUCACUGAGUCUACUUGGCCUGCUGUGUCUGAGAUGCAAAAGGAAAUCUAAGACCAUACACGAAGAAAUGCAAAUAUACAACCCGCACACAUUCCAGCGUGGGGGGAGCAGAUUUGCUGUAAUGCGAUCCAAAACGGUCACCAAAGCCAAUCAAAUGACUCCAUCCUCAAAUGAGGAUGCUUAUCCCGCUGUAUAUUCAGUGGCUGUGUCACCAGUUGGAAGUUGGGAACACAUUUAUGUAGAUCCACUCCCCAUCACAGUUUAUGAAAAUGAGUUUACACCAUUAAUGAUGAAAGGUGGCAAUCCCGCCAUAGCUCAUUACGCCAACGUGGAUGUCGUGGCGCGCAAAAUCGAUGACGACGCCGACGACUAUGAAAAUUCGGACUUCCUGGCGCAACACGCUCAAGAACAGGAGAGUGGUUUGUUGUACCAGAAUGAAAGAGCAGCUUGACAUGGGUGUCAGAGGACAUUCUCUACAGAACGAAGGCUACCACCUGGCGGUCAAGCCUUCCCAGUUUUAUUUAAUAUUUACCUGUCUGUAAGUGCUUUGAAUUUGUCUGCUUAGGCAGAAGUCUAGUGUUUUCCUUAAGCACCAUGUAUACUUUUUAUUGUAGUUGAAAAGGAAAUAAAAGCACAGCAGAUUGUUUUUUUUUUUGGGACAUUUAUUCACUUGAACAGGCGACCAGAACCGUCGGAAGGUACACAAACGCCACAUGAACCAUUCUGUAUGGAAACCCACUGUAUGCGUCAAAAGUUGUGAUGUCUGUGAAUAUCCAUUUGUCGCACACAACUUAGCAAGGGAAUGACAGGAGGACACUAACGUGCUGUCUAAAGUCUGUAAUGAUGUCAUGUUUUCAUCACAGCAAAAUAAAAUUCCACCUUAACAAUCCUUCUACUCUUUGACUCGCCGAGUCGUGUUGCAGUAAGGCAGAAGUUCUACUCCAUCUGCGGUAAAGCCCGCCGGGUGUGUGCAUCUUUUUUUUUUUUUGUGUGUUUUUGCACAAGUUAACACCAGUCUGGUUUUUAGAAGCUACUCACCUCUCAGCAUACACACAUUCACGCGCUCUCACACACACUCGCGCGCACACGUCAGCGGGUCGAGGAGAUGGAAGUUUAGACGUUGCUCAGGGCGUCCACUCCGGGCAGAACUUUGCCUAAAAGAGCACAUGUACACACACACACAAUUAUCAGGUGUUGUAUCAUAAGUUAGUAUUACUGUAUUGGCCCGAAUAUAGGACG